AUGACAAGCGGAAGGAAAUUUCCAUGCCCCUUUAGCUUUAGGCAUCAGGAUGACCAUUACAAUUCACAUGAAACUGAAUACAGAACAGCUGUAGAUGAUAUGUUGAAGAAGGCUCUUGUUACCUUCUGCCACCGAAGCCAACUAUAUGACUUAAAUAUGGCUGGUGACCAGGAGUACAAGAUAGCGCACUCGGAUCAUGAUGAAUCUCGGGAACCCGGUUCUCUGAUUGAGGAUCAGAGGCGCAACAUGUCCCAUCCACCCUGCAUGGAGCCUAAAGGAGUCCUUGGCCAAAUCCUGUUUGAUGUUUGUGUUCCGAAAAAUGUUGAAGGAUGGGACAUCAAGCCGACAGUGUCCCUGAAUGGACGGCCAACAUUUGCUUCUGCCCGGCAACUUGGUCCAUUCAAUCCCAUCAGAUCGAAUACGAACCUGUUGUGUUCUGGCCAACGUUGGCAGCACAUGGACAUGAUGCUCUUUCUGAACUCUCAGGCGUUUUCAGACGACGUCACAAGGAAACUCAUGACGCGUUCAUAUUUCUGCGGUUCGUAUUCGAUCUGCCCAGCUAGAGAACCUGUUGACGAGCUCUACUACCCAGCUAGAGAACCUGUUGAUGAGCUCUACGAGAUAAACAACUCACCACUUGCGGAUCAGAUUGCUCUGGUCCACGAGUGCCCUGUGAAAGCCUACCAAAAGAAUCUGAUUCUCAUUAAUCAACGAUUUUGCCGCGUCUUUGGAACAAAGAAUCUUGGAGUUUCAAGGCUUUCGUAUGAUCAAUCACGGAACUUUUCUUAG